ACAAGCUCUAGGUGUCGUCAAUAAACUAUUUUUGUUUCUCAGACACGCUCACAAACGCAUUAGGAGCAGAUGGCGUCACGUUGCACGUGUGACGUCUGGUAAUGUGCUGCAUGUGGAUGUGGAGUAACUGUCCAUGGUGCUGAAACCGCCGCAGCGUCGAGAUGCGCGUUCCGGAGUCUCGCAGCAUCGAUGCGCGCAUUUCCUGAGCGCGUAUUUAUUCACUUGAAAUCCACAGAAAGGCUCAAAACAGUGUCGGAAUGUUGCCCAACGACACCUUUAAGAACCUGGAGGAUGGUUUCUAUCUGUUAAACUUCUCCAGCAACGAGACGCAUAACGGGGAUUCUCACGGCAGCAGCGCGAUCUUCAUCUCCUUCAUCUACUCCGUAGUGUGUCUGGUGGGACUCUGUGGGAACUCGAUGGUGAUUUAUGUGAUCUUCAGGUAUGCGAAGAUGAAAACUGCGACGAACAUAUACAUUUUGAACUUGGCGAUCGCGGAUGAGUUACUCAUGUUGAGUGUGCCUUUCCUAGUCACCUCUUCUUUACUUCACCACUGGCCCUUUGGUUCUCUUCUGUGUCGAUUGGUUUUAAGUGUUGAUGCUAUUAACAUGUUCACCAGCAUCUAUUGUCUGACUGUGUUGAGUAUCGAUCGCUACAUCUCCGUGGUGCAUCCCAUCAAAGCAGCCCGGUACCGGAGACCCACCAUCGCCAAAAUGGUCAACUUGGGGGUCUGGAUGUUCUCCAUUCUUGUCAUCCUACCCAUCAUCAUCUUCUCCACCACUGCACCCAACUCUGACGGAUCUGUGGCUUGCAACAUGCAGAUGCCUGAGCCCGAGCGUCAGUGGAUGGCUGUAUUUGUGAUCUAUGCCUUUCUGAUGGGCUUUCUCUUCCCUGUCAUUGCCAUUUGCAUGUGCUACAUCCUCAUUAUAGUGAAGAUGCGGGUGGUCGCCCUGAAAGCGGGCUGGCAGCAGCGCAAAAAGUCCGAAAGGAAGAUCACGCUGAUGGUGAUGAUGGUGGUGACGGUGUUUGUGAUCUGCUGGAUGCCUUUUCACAUCGUGCAGCUGGUCAGCGUGUUCGUCCAGCAGCACAAUUCCACUCUCAGUCAGCUGGCUGUGAUUUUGGGAUAUGCCAACAGCUGUGCCAACCCUAUCCUCUACGGAUUCCUGUCGGACAACUUCAGACGCUCCUUCCAGAGGAUUUUAUGCCUCCGCUGGUGGGAUAACGCCACGGAGGAGCCCAUAGAUUAUUAUGCCACGGCUCUGAAGAGUCGAGGAUACAGUGUGGAUGACUUUCAGCCGGACAAUCUGGAGUCUGGCAGCACGUACAGGAAUGGCACCUGCACAUCUAGAACUACAACACUGUAGGACUCGGCAGCAUAAACACUUGUUUUGUUAUCUGUUGUCAUUGCAGUAUGUGUUUUGUGUUGAAAUGUAUUGGUAAGAUUUCAUAAUAACGUUCGUUAAUGCCAUUAUUAGAUUAUAUAUAAUGCUAAAUCAGAAGUUAAUGUGCUUUUUGUCUAUAAAUGAAUGUGCAUUAACUUUUUUAUGCACAUUAUAUAAUUAUUUUAAUGGCUUAUUAAGGAAAGUUAUUAUAAAGUGUGUCGAUAUGGGAAAAAAUGUGUGACGUUCGGAUAAAACAAAAACAAAGAAAUAUCCAAAGCCAAAUAUUUAGUUGUUUAUUUUGAAAUGGAAUAAAAACUGGGGAAAUCA